AGAAAUAAACGAGUCGGGACAGAAACAGAGGCGAUCGCGUUGCGUUGCGUUGCGUUGGCAAAUCCUCUUUAAAAGGCUCGUGCCCGUGGCGCCAGAAAUCGUUGAUCCGCACACGGUAAUAUGCAAGAGAUGUUGUUCUGCGGCACGGGCAGUUUCAAGGACGUCGACGGCAAGGCGGCGGCGCCGGAGGCGAAGAAGAAGAAGCAGGGCGGCGGUGGUGGUGGUGGGAAGAAGGAGAACCCGUACGCGUCGAGGGGGCUCGACAAGUUCUCCACCGUGCUGUCCGAGCUCGAGUCGCGGCGGGAGAAGAUCCUUCGCCAAGUCGGCGGCGCCGGCGGCGGCGGCGCACCGGGGGAGGGCGGCGGCGGUGGUGGUGGUGAGCAUGUGCUCGUCCGGUUCGUGCAGUCGGAGGGGAAAGGGUGGGUGCCCAUCGUCGUCAAGCUCCCGCCUGAGGAGGAGGAGCAGCAGCAGCGGAAGGGAGGGAAGAACAAGCGGAAGCAGCAGGCGGCCGCGACGUCGGCGACCUCGUCGCAGUCGUCCACGCCACCGACGUCGGAGCCCGCCAGCCCCAGGGAGGACGUGAUCAAGCCCGCGCGCCCCGCCGCCGCCGCGGCGGCGGCGGAGCCGGGGAGUGCGAAGCGGAAGGCCGGCGUGAGGUGGUCGUGGUCGGACGUGCGGCCGCGCCACUACAUGCCGUUCGUGGCGGUGCUGCUGCUGGCGAGCCUCGUGGUGUUCGGCAAGGUGUUCGCCAUCUGCUGCACCUCCGUCUGGUGGUACCUCGUGCCGAUCCUGACGGCCAGCUCUAAUGGCGCCGGCGGCGCCGGCGGGGCGCACGGCGUGAGGAGAUCGAAGGCCGCCGUCAAGGUUCUCGGCAAGAAGGCGAGCGACAAGAAGAUGGCCGUGACGCCAUUGCUGGGUCCUUCGCACGGCAAGAGGGGUAGCUCCGGUGUCCAUGAGUUGAUCUCGCCGAGAAGUCAUCCACAUGGGAAGAAAGGGUAGUAAUUCGCGUGGAUUCAUUCACCACACGCUGUGAAAAAAUCAACGCCGUGUUUGUAAAUGUUUGUACAGUAGGGUGGCCAGGAAGAUCAGAUUUUUUUUGUUAUCUUUCCUACCGUUUCGAUUCAGUUUGGUUGCAAUUGCAUCCAGUGUUCAUGUAGCAUCAGCCCCCUUCUUGUGUGGCUACCCAAAAUUGUUCAUAAAUUUUACAGAAUUUUGUCCAUUAACUCGUCCCUGGUGUACUGGCAGUUUAUUUUCAUCUCUAUGUAUGUUAACUA